AUGGCCCAAUUUUUUUGUGGGAAUACUGUUGACAUCUUCGGCCGUUCUCCCAUCGGAGUGAGCAAACGCCACGUCGAUUUGGAACGGUGCUUCGACAAGCCUCUGCACGAGCACACCCUCACAGUUUCUUUGCACCGCAUCCUUUGGUUACAUAGAGAGAAGAUGAUUGGUCAUUGUGAUCAGCAAGACGAGACUUCCGUAGUAGACGAUCAAGGACCUUUUCAACGGCCCAAGCAAGUUUUGGAUCCGAUGGUAGCGAAGCAACAUGGAAAGUAUCAACUGGCAAACUCUCCAUCUCUGGGACAUCGCCCCUUGCGCGCAGAAACGCCCGAAACUCGGAUGCACUAUUUGAUCUGGAGACUGUCAAUGAGGAAGGAACCUCACUAG